AGAUUUGUCUCCUCUCUUCUCUCUCAUCUCAUCAGUUAUGUUUUUGAGAUUCAGAAACCAAAAUCUUAAAACCCAAUUACCCAGCCAGAAACGAUCGACCCGCACCCGGCACUCAUCGUCAGCAUCGCUCGCCACUCCUCGCCGGCGUUUCUCACCAAUCACCAUCACUGUCUUCUCUCUCAAUCUAGUUGUAUACUUGGAGACUGGAGUUCCCGUGCCCAACUUCCGCUAGUGAACCCCCUUGUCGGUCGUCGCAAGGAGUGUUAUUGGCCACUGCAGUGCUGCCGUGAAGUCAAGGCCACCACCGGCCACCGUAAACACUACCAGACCACCCCACCUUCAAUUUAAUUUCAGUUGGAGAUCUCAACUCUCAAGUAUUGUUUUUGUAUUUUUUUCGUUUCAUGGCUUCCACGGAGGGUUUGGUUCCCAUAACUAGGGCUUAUUUGUCUACUUACUACGACAAAUAUCCCUUUGUUCCGCUCUCCGAUGAUGUAACUAACCUCUCUGCCAAGAUUCGCUCCAUCAUCACUGACUUGCAGACGUAUAGCUCGCUUACUGAAGGUGAAAGUUUUGUGAUGGAAGAAGUGGAUCGAGAACCUCCUCAUAAAAUUGAUGAAAAUAUGUGGAAGAAUCGUGAGCAUAUAGAAGAGAUCAUCUUUUUGCUUGACAGACCUCAUUGGCCAAUAACGCUUCAACAACACUCUAGGUUGGAAGAUGUGGAACUUGCUCCCAUCUUCGAGCAAAUGAAGAUUAAAUUUGAGAACACCUUAAAGACAUUGGAGUAUUUUCAAUCAAAAAAUGCUGAUUCGAUUUUUAAUACAGUUAUGACCUAUAUGCCUCAAGACUUCCGCGGUACCUUGAUUAGACAACAAAGGGAGCGUUCAGAGAGGAAUAAGCAAGCUGAAAUUGAUUUUUUGGUAAAGGCUGGAGGCAGUAUUCGUGAUCGAUAUGCUUUGCUGUGGAAGCAACAAAUGGAAAGGAGGAGACAAUUGGCUCAACUUGGAUCUGCUACAGGUGUCUUUAAAACGCUUGUGAAGUACCUAGUUGGUGUACCACAGGUUCUGCUGGAUUUUAUUCGACAGAUAAAUGAUGACGAUGGGCCCAUGGAAGAGCAAAGACAGCGGUAUGGACCACCAUUGUACAGACUUACAAAGAUGGUGCUCGCUAUACGACUUUUCUUAUUACUUAUGUGGUCACGUUUUGAUGGCAGAAAAUUAACAACAGAUGAAUUAGCCAUUUUGGAACAGGCUGUUAAUGUUUAUACUAAUGAGUUUGAGAGGUUCAUCACCUUUAUGGGUGAGGUUUUUGCGAAUUCGCCUUUCUUCAUUUCUGCCGAUGAAGUUGGUGCCGCUGAUUCAAGAAAUGAUGAUUACAAAGAGAUAAGCAUUCCUGCCGGGAAAACUCAUGAGGUGGUGUUGUCUGUGGAUUCAAUAAACUCCUAUAUUGCUUGGGAUUUCUCUUUGGAGCAAAGCAAAAUGAAAUUGGAUAUUGGAUUCAGUGUGGAAUAUACCAGCUCUUCUGGUGAAAAAGUUCUUAUCUUGCCCUAUCGUCGUUGUGACUCUGAUCAAGGCAACUUUUGCACAUGUAUGGCUGGGACUUACAAGCUAAUAUGGGACAACUCAUAUUCAACCUUUUUUAGAAAGGCUUUGUUUUACAAGGUAGAUUGUAUACCCCCUGUUGUAGAACCAACACAACAGUGAUUCAGAAAUCGGAUGGUGAAUUUCCUAGACGUUGGGAUGGACUAGGACUCUCAACCCAUUGUUCUUAGAUACAAUUAUGUUGUAUAUUAUGAUUGACAUCUCAUUUGCGGCACGAUGUUGAGCUAUGGCAAAAAGGUGUAUGGAUGAAGUUUGGUUCAGUUGUAUCUUGCAUGGACUGAGUUCAGAUCAGGUGAUGUUCUUGUGGUAGGUAUGCUUUGGGGCCAGGUCAAAUGAUGUGGCAUAGGCAAGUCUACGUCAAUUAGUUUAUCCUAGAAGUCUGUUGACAGAUUUGGUCACUUUGACUUUCUGAUUUUAUUAUUUUGAUUCAAGCCAAAAUUUAGCUUACCUAAUGCUUGGUACGAAGUGGUUCAUGUAAUGCUAUCUCAGGAUGGGAAAGGCACAGUUUGAUGCCAGGUGAAAACUCCAGAUUACUAAGUCUGAAGGUGUGUCCUGUUAAAGUCAGAAUUGGGAGAUCCACCUUGGUUCCCAGCUCAAGAACAAACUAUCAAGUACCAGCCAAGGGCCUGCGACCUUGGGUUGGGAAGAUAGUCUGCCUAUCGCUGAGCAGAAUGUGUAUGGAUUAUUGAUGGCCAUUGGUGUUAAUAUAUCGACAAUCUACUUCCUGUCAACUUUCUGACGAUUACUAAAAUACAAUAACCGUUUGAGAAAAUAAUUAAGUGAAUAAGUAUACAAAAUUAUCAAUUUUUAAAUACAAAAUAAGCUGUAAAUUUGAACAUGCAAUAACUAGGGAAUGGCACUUACAUCAUAAAACUUGCAGUAUCGGCAACAAACUUGAUCUUAGGCGGACACGAAAAUACUUAUUUUUGGGAAUUAAAAUCUUCCAAAACUUAUCUUGGAAAUUUUUUUAAUAGAACAGCUUCCCCUGCUCCUUAAUCAAUUGCACUUUUUUUUGUUUCACUGUAUGUUCACGCCCACCAACUUUCAUCACAUUUUCUGCCAACAUUUUUUUUUGGUUUAUUUCUUACAUUGCAACAUUUUUAUUUUG